AUGGAGAAAAGGGUUCGCUCCUCCUCAGCUUCUGGAAGAUUAGAAAACCAACAUGUGACCAGCAUCCUCUCGGCGCAGGAGGAUUCGGGGAAGAAGGCGAGGAACCCGUCUGGGCCCAGGUGUCGGGGUGAGAAAGCUGCAGAUGAUUUCCCGCCACAGAGACGGGUAACCGAGGACGUCAGAGGGCAGCCGGAGUGGUUGAUCCGAGAGCUGCUGAGGCAAAACAGACGAAGACACUCUGUCACACUCGGAGAUAAGGCGUCAGUCAUGAGAGGACAACACCGCAGUAUCAAUUCGAUCCGCCGACUCUGCAGCCUCAAGAUCGAUGAGACAAUAUCACUCGACAACCUGCAGAGACUGAAACAAGCAUUUGAGGACUUCGGCUCAAGAUGCGUCGACGCAAAGAAUUUUGGUCGUAUAGUGAAGAAGUGCUUGGGUUUGCCUAACACUAGCAACGAGCAGAUUCAAGCGUUAUUUAAGAAGAUCGAUUAUUCAGGCCAAGGGAGAAUUUCAUGGGGUCAGUUCUGCGCUCACAUGCUGCAGGAGAACAAGGAGAAGGAGGAGAGUGCGAGACGCAGCAAGCAGGUGGCGUUUACUCUACCUGCUACCACGAAGGCGUUGGGGCAGGGCGCUCCCAUCGUCUACAUCCACUCCAUCCAUGACGGCUCCAUCGUCACGCUGCGGGAAGACGGCACCGUUUGCUCCUGGAGCCCUGAGCUCAGACCUCAGUGGACCAGGCAGUUAUUUAACGGAGACGCCGCCAACAGCAAGUCAAAGUGGGCGAGUGAUUUCACUGUGAUGACCGAGUACAACAAGCUGAUGAUUGCAACAGGGGACAGAGAGAUCCAGAUUUACGACCUCACCACCCUGGAGCCGUAUUGCCAGAUCAACGCUCUGGACACAGUUCCUCUGACAUUAGACUACGGCUCCACUGGUCCUGAUAAGUGUUGUAUCCUGUAUGGAGACACUGAGGGAUGUGUGACUAUCAUUUUAAUAUCCUCUGUUGGAGAUACACUCAGGUUAUGGAAUAAAUUACCAAAGGUGGACAACGUUCCCAACAUAGUGAUUGACAACGCGGUGGUUUCUCCCAACGUGACGUUCAUCAGGUGGAAGGUUCAUCAGGACUGGGUGACACAGGUCCGGUAUUUUCCAGGUUUCCGAGCUGUUGUCUCCUCAUCAAAUGAAGAAUCCUCUUCUCUUGUUAUAGGCUGCGUGCUGCCUUUAACCGACGCCGAGCAGCAGCUGAGUGAGAUCCGAGAGGCCUGCUACGAAGGGAAGAGCAAGAAGGUGCAGAUGAGCUGGACCCCACAGCUCCGGGCGUCCCGCGACCAGACGGCUUUCAACAUUCACAAAGGUGUCAAGACCUUUGACCUUUGCCGGAAGCACAGCCUGCUGGUCACAGGAGGCCUGGACAGGCUCAUACGCAUGUGGAACCCACAUUUCUCAGGGAAACCAACUGGGAUUUUGAAAGGCCACUCGGCUCCCAUCGUCCACCUCUGCAUCUCCUCAGAGGACAGUCACGUCUUCUCUGUCUCCAUCGACAGCGCCGUGAAAAUCUGGGAUAUUCAGGACCAGUGCUGUCUGAUCACGGUCGACUCUAAAGCGAGCGGGAUUCAAGGAGACAUUUCUGCAUGUUCGUAUUCACCGGCCUUGAAAUCCGUCUUCAUCGCAGCAGACUGCCUGGCUGUUCUAUCACUCAAGAUAAGGCCACAGAUUUGCAGCCGUCUGACGGUUUCCCACGACGAGCCGGUGAUGUGCUGCGGCUACAGCGAGGAGUUCCGUCAAGUUGUCAGCUGCACUGAAGGAUCUUUGGUGAAGGUCUGGGACUUUGACAGCGGCCGCCAAGUGUUUGAGUUCGGUGGCACGCCUGAUCUGCCCGCCGUCACGUGCAUGACCUUUGACCUCAAAGGGAGGAGACUCGUCACCGGUGGAAGGGACGGAUGUUUAAAAAUCUGGAACUUCAACAACGGUCAGUGCUUAAAGACGCUAAAGAAGGACGGUAAAUGUCGCGAGGUGUGCGACUGCAUCUUUAUGAAAGUUCACAGGAACGGCUAUGUGAUGUCUGUCGGCCGGGACAGGAUGAUUGACAUUUACUCAGACAUACCCGAGGACCUUCGUCAUGUGCAGCGGCCGCAGCCUUCGUGGCAGGACGACCUGAAAAACGGCCAUAGCGACGACAUCCUUUGUGUGGCCCAGUGCCCCCCCUCUCUCCUGGCCACCAGCAGCUAUGAUGGAGAGAUUAUCGUGUGGAACGUGGUUUCUGGACGGAUACAGUGUCGGAUUGCCCCCCCUCCUGCAGCCCAAUGCCAAAAUGCUGAAGGACUGGACUUGAGUGUUCCAAGCAUCAUUUUCCUGAAGAACCUAAAGGUUUCCUCUGCCACGCUUCUCUUGUCCUCCGGGGCCACGGGUUGUAUUAAUGUCUGGCAAGUGCUCAGCGGAGGAAAGUUCCUGAGCAGCUUCAAAGCCUCUAGAUUCCAGCAAAAAAUUACAAAACUGGCGAAAGCAGAGGAGGACACGUUGCUCUACGCUGCCGACCGAAUCGGUUACAUCUACAUUUUCGACAUGAGCAAGUUUUCCCCCGAGCUAAAAACACCCAGAGCUGAAAACGUCUGGCGUGCCCACACCAGCAGAGUUUCUGGCCUGCAGAUUGUUGACAAUGAUCAAGUGGUGCUCACCUCAUCCACAGACUACACCGUGCGUCUGUGGAGCUCCCGUGGACAUUUCAUAGGGACCUUUGGGCAGUCUGAGAGCUGGAGCACCCACAUCCAGUCCUCCUGGAUGCACCCUGCCGUCCCCUAUGAGGUUCUGAUCCAUCCCCUCAGUGUGCCAGCUCACGAGACCUUCACUGUAAAAACACCGCGGCCUGAGGAAAUCCAUCCUGACACGGCCGGGGCUGACGGAGGGGAGCUACAGUCGGCGAGACUUCCGCCGAAAUCCAUCAGUGACAUCGACAUCCAGGAAGAUUAAAACCACAUUUUACCUCAGUGGAACACAAGUCUGGACCCUGUCAUGAAAUUGGCGAGCAUACUAACAAGCUAUCGAGCGGCGGCGCUCUGAAAGGC